AUGGAAAAUAUCGCCAAAUCCGCCGUCUUCACGUCCUCCCAACGCGCUGCGGAUGCGUUGGAAAAUCUCAAACGCGUCGUUGGGCCCUCGGGCGAUUUCAACAACGCGGAGGAGGUGCUCGCGCACUACGCCACGCUCGGCUUUCAGGCAACGCACUUCGCGCAGGCGUGUGGGAUUACUCGGCGGAUGUUGGAGCCUCAACCCCCUUCGCGAACGUACCUGAUUCAAGAGGGUGAAUUCGUGGAAGCAAGCGCGGAAAUGGAUUCGUCGCCGACGCUGGUUUAUCCAACGAUUUUCCUGGGGAUGACGGCGAAUUUGCUGGGAACGGGAUGUCGUGAGGCAUUGCGUUUUCUCCUUCAAGAAGGAAUUCAACCCCGUACGGAGGUCCGGCCGAGCGCCAUGGUGGAUUUCGACGACCUCGCGCGGCUAACGUACCCUGAGAUCACCUCUCCCGCGGGGAAUCCUUCCAAAUCCGCCUCUUCUUCUGCUGCUUCUGGUUCUUCUUUUUUUUCCCCCGAGGGCGAAGAGGCGGGGUCGCAUUACAGCUUUCUCUCCGCGCUUGUGGUGAGUGGUGGAGGGAUGGAGCACGACUUACGCCGCGCGUGCGAGGCCUAUCACCUCACCACCUACGCCAGCGCGAAAGAAAGCCCCGACCAAACGGCAACCCCCCCCCGCCCCGGACGACGCCAGGGGCCUGCGGGAGAUUUGGCAACAUCGUGUACGGAAUCCCCUCGCCGAACCCGUCGGAAAACGGCCCGUCCUCGGCUUCCACGGCCGCCCUUUUUGAUCGGUUGA